AUGUCCGUCUGGAACCCCGACAACAUUCGCGAUGUCGCCGAAUCCGUCGGUAUCGUCAACCUUAAUAAUGAUGUCACCGAGAACCUCGCGCGUGACGUUGAAUACCGCAUCGCGCAGGUGCUGGAAGAAGCACUGAAGUUCAUGCGCCACAGCCGCCGCACACUGCUCACGACGAAGGAUAUUGCGCUAGCCUUGCGAGUUUUAGACGUCGAGCCACUGUACGGAUAUGAGUCGACCAGGCCGCUGAAGUUUGGCGAGGCGAGCUUAGGGCCCGGCCAGCCGCUUUUCUAUGUCGAAGAUGAGGAGGUUGAUUUUGAGAAGUUAAUUAAUGCGCCGUUGCCGAGGGUUCCCAGGGAGAUCAACUUUACUGCACACUGGCUCGCCGUUGAAGGUGUCCAGCCGUCUAUACCACAGAACCCGACGGCAGCAGACUCGCGCAACCUCGAAUUAAUGUCCAAGGGACCGAACGCGAACGCGACACUGGCGGCUAUGAGCGGGAAUGGGAACGUCGCUGUCAAGCCGCUCGUCAAGCAUGUCCUGUCCAAGGAACUGCAGCUCUACUUUGAGAAAGUGUGCAAUGCGUUUCUGGAUGAGUCGAGCGAGAAGUAUCGGACAUCUGCGUAUGCGAGCUUGCGCGAGGAUCCGGGGUUGCAUCAGCUCGUACCUUACUUUGUCCAGUUUAUCUCAGAAAAGGUCACGCAUGGGUUGAAAGACAUCUUUGUCCUGACACAGGUCAUGCAUAUGGCUGAGGCAUUGGUGCAGAACAAGUCUCUCUAUGUUGACCCUUAUAUUGCCUCCCUCGUCCCCCCGGUCCUCACCUGCUUAAUCGCGCGCCAACUCGGCAGCACCGCCGAGCUCUCCGAACAAUUUGCCCUUCGUGACCUCUCCGCUUCCCUCCUCGGCCUCAUAGCAACAAAAUACUCGCACUCCUCACACACCCUCAAACCCCGCCUCGCCCGCUCCUGCCUAAAAACCCUCCUCGACCCGUCCAAGCCCUUCGGCGCACACUACGGCGCUAUAAUUGGUCUCCACGCCGUCGGAGGCUCGGAAGCUGUCCGCGUCCUUAUCCUGCCGAAUCUGCCUACCUAUGGGAACCUAUUGAAAGACGGUCUUGCGGAAGAGAGUGCACGACGACCAGAGGCUGAAAAAGUCCUAAAUGUUCUACUGGGUGUUCUGGCGGCUUUGAAAGAAGGGAAACCCGUCCUCACGAAUGGACAUGGGGCUGGAAUGGUCAGCGAUGAUAUUAAAAAACGGCUGGAAAGGAAACUGGGGGCGUUCUUGGCGGAUAGGAUUGCGGAGUUUGGGGAUGGAGGCGUCGUGCAUGCCAUUUUGGAGUAG